UAAAAGCGAACCCAAAGCUCUUCAGGGCACAGUCGACUCCGAGAUCUAGAGAGCCAACAUGUUCCUGAGCAAAGCAUCCGUCGUUUUGCUCGUCGCUUUCUUGGGGACCUCUUUGUUGGGAGACGGAUCUGUUUCAGCGAGUCCAACUCCACAAGAAGCAGCCCCGACACCACAGGACCCGCUGAAUACUGGAACUGUUAAUGGAAACCCGAAUCCAGCGCCUCCAAACGCAGUGUCCGAACAACCACAGCAACAACCCGUGGCUAACCAACAGCAACCGUCAGUAAUUUACGUACAGCAACUACCAGCGUCGAACACAAACCAAUCACUUGUGUUGAGCACAAACCAAUCACCAGUAUUAAACACACAACUAGCACCAGUUUCAAACACACAGCAAUCGCCAGUGCUUAACGGGCAGCAACCAGCAGUGUUUAACGGAACGCAAUCACCAGUGUCCUACGGUAAUGAAUCACCAGUGUAUAAUGGACAGCAAUCACCAGUGUUUAUUGUACAGCAAUCACCAAUGCAACAACCCGUGACCAACCCUCAGCAACAACCCGUGGCUACCCCUCAGCAACAACCCGUGGCUACCCCUCAGCAACAAACCGUGGCUACCCCUCAGCAACAAACCGUAGCUACCCCUCAGCAACAACCCGUGACAUUUUCACAGCAACAACCGGUGGCUACCCCUCCGCAACAACCCGUGGCUACCCCUCAGGAACAACCCGUAGCUAACCCUCAGCAACAGCCCGUAGCUACCCCUCAGGAACAAGCCGUGAUUACCCCUCGGCAACAACCCGUAACUUUUUCACAGCAACAACCGGUGGCUACCCCUCAGCAACAACCUGUGGCUACCCCUCCGCAACAACCCGUGGUUAACCCUCAGGAACAACCCGUGACUACCCCUCAGGAAGAAGCCGUGACCACCCCUCAGCAACCACCAGUGUUGAACACAAACCAAUCACCAGUGUUUAACGGAACACAAUCACCAGUUUCCUACGGACAGCAAUCACCAGUGUAUAAUGGACAGCAAUCACCAGUUUUUAUCGGACAGCAAUCACCAGUGGCCAACGGGCAGCAACCACCAGUGGCCAACGGGCAGCAAUCAGCAGUGUUUAGUGGGCAGCAAUCACCAGUGUCCCACGGAAAUCAAUCACCGGUGUUUAACGGACAACAAUCACCAGUGUAUAUUGGGCAGCAAUCUCCAAUGCAACAACCCGUGGCUACCCCUCAGCAACAACCCGUGACCAACCCUCAGCAACAACCCGUGGUUACCCCUCACCAACAACCCGUCGCUACCCCUCAGCAACAAACCGUGGCUACCCCUCAGCAACAACCCGUGGCUACCCCUCAGCAACAACCCGUGGCUACCCCUCAGCAACAACCCGUGGCUAACCCUCAGCAACAACCCGUGGCUACCCCUCAGCAACAACCCGUGGCUACCCCUCAGCAACAAACCGUGGCUACCCCUCAGCAACAACCCGUGACUACCCCUCAGCAACAACCCGUGGCUACCCCUCAGCAACAACCCGUGGCUACCCCUCAGCAACAACCCGUGGCUACCCCUCAGCAACAACCCGUGGCUACCCCUCAGCAACAACCCGUGACUACCCCUCAGCAACAACCCGUGGCUACCCCUCAGCAACAACCCGUGGCUACCCCUCAGCAACAACCCGUGGCUUCCCCUCAGCAACAACCCGUGGCUACCCCUCAGCAACAAACCGUGGCUACCCCUCAGCAACAACCCGUGACUACCCCUCAGCAACAACCCGUGGCUACCCCUCAGCAACAACCCGUGGCUAACCCACAGCAACAAACUGUGACAACCCCUCAGCAACAACCCGCGACUUACCCACAGCAACAACAGUUUUACCCACAACAACAACAACAAUUUUACCCACAGCAACAGCCAGCUGCUUACCCACAGCAACAACAAUUUUACUCACAGCAACAACAGUUUUACCCACAGCAACAACCAGUAGUUUACCCACAGCAACAACCAGUAGUUUACCCACAGCAACCAGUAGUUUACCAACAGCAACCAGUAGUUUACCCACAGCCACCACAAGUGGUUUACGUCCAGCCAGCCUACCAGAGUACCACGACGCCCAAACCUCCUUUUCUAAUGGUGUGGGAUGGCAUCCGCGAUUGGAAACAAAAUGCCUUCCAAGCGGCUGUGGGGCAAAACCCUCUAUUAGGUUGACUUUUUUUUAAUUGAAGAGUAAAAAUAAUGCUCAUUAAAAUGUUUAAUUCCCAA